GAGGAGGCUGAGUUGAGAGAAAACUGUCCCCGAGUUGUUCUCGCGGAUUCUGCCGCUGCUGCUUUUACCGGAUGGACUUUGUCGACACGAGCUUCCGCCAAGAAGGGCGCGCAGGAUGUGAAAUACAGCCGGCUCGAUGUCUGCUUGGUGGCCGAUCGGAUGCGUUAAACUGCUAAUUCAAGAUGCAGGGAGCCAUUGCACGCAUCUGCAUGGUGGUGGCCGCUGCCAUACUGAACCACCCGCUACUCUUCCCCCGUGAAAACACCACGCUGCUGGAGCAAGAUGAGGAUCUGGUGGCUCGGAUGCGGGAGCACGAAGAGAUGCUGGAGAUGGAGCAUGCCAGGCUGGAGAAAGAACUUGCGCAGCUGGAGGAGACCCCGUCGGAUCAAGGCCUCAGUUGGUACUUUUGGAGUGUUGUGUCUUUCGUCAUAUUCCUUGCCAUCGAGAUGUGCAGAGCAGAUAUUGCAGAAAACGAAAUUCAUCCUAUUGAGGUGGAAGAUGUAAUGUAUGAGACCGUAUCCGCCCCACCCAGGAUGAUGGAUAAGAAUGCCCUGAGGAACUUCUGUGAUAAAUGCAGCUACACCUCGUCCCAUGAAAACUGGAAGGUGAGGGAGUUUGUGGAGGGUUUUGCUGACAACCUGCUAGAGUCACUUUGGAGCAUGUGUGACAGGGAGGUGGACAUGGAGGUUGGUGAUUUCAUUGGCGUAGGAAGCAUGUUUGAGUCUUGGAAGGUGUGCCAGCCUCUGAUGUGUGACCUUUUAGUGCCUUUCUCACCUCCUGAUCCUCACUCUUUCCAGUACCAUCUGUGGUGCAGCUCCUCUAGUGACAUUCCACCAGACAUGCAAUGUUGUGGCACCAUAAAGGUGACCAUGUCUGGGGAGGAUGAAGAAGCCUGCCUAUGUGGUUCUGCCAACUUUGGGGAGGACAUGCUUUGUCUGUUGCAUAAUAAGAACAAGGUGGUCAAGGUGAACCGCAGCCCAGAUGAACUCCUGUGCUCCCAUGACACACAUUUCUUAGCCAAAGAUCAAGUCAUGCGGUGGUUUCAGAUCGCUGUGACCAAAGCGUGGGCCAGAAUCUCCCACAAAUACGACUUUGAGGUCACUUUUCGGAGCCUGGAUGCUGCUGGUGCUUUGAAGAUCCGAUUCCGUUCUGGAAAAGUCAUUGUACUGAACCUCAUCCCCGUGGUGCAGCUGGAAGACACGAACGCUUAUUUUGUAUCGCACUUUCCAUCAGAUCACAACGGUUUCCCAGACCCAUAUUGGCCUCUCUCUUUAGCAGUCUGCGAGAAAAAUUUGCUAAAAUAUUUAGCUAAGCGACUGCCACAAAAUUCUUGCCACUUGCACUGCCUCCAGGUCUCUACUUUCCUGCACAGAAAGCAGAUGAGUCUGACAGGAGAAUCUGCCCUCACUAGCUACCACUUCAAGACCGCCAUGAUGCACUUGCUACUUAACACCAAGACCUCUGCCUGGGGAGCUGCCAGUUUGGAGCGUAGGCUUCAGGAUGUGUUCAGCUUCUUGCAGAGGAGCUUGCAGGAGAAGAGACUGUACCACGCUCUAAUUGGGAACAGGAAAGUGCCUCGGGACAUUCGGGUUCCUGAGAGAUUCCGCAAAGUAGAACCCAUCAAUCUGUUCAGGCCAUUGGUGCUGAGGAGGGAGCUUUAUGCAGCGACCGUCAGGCACUUCCAAGAGAUGUUGAGAAAUGCACCUGUUCUUAUAGAAGAGUAUACACCUUACUUAUCCAAUGGAUGUUAACAGUAGCAGCUUGUAAGCUACUUAUAAGUAGAGACACACUUUGAUAUGGCUCACCAUCCAGGGCAGCUGAGCAUGAGAGCAAGCACAGAAUAUUUGCCAAUGAAAUAGUUGGUGACUGAUUCCCUGCUUUUUACGUACACUUAAGUCAAAAAAUGAUUCAUACCUCUGGCAGAUUUCAGAUUGAAUCUCUUCAUUUCAUGACGAUGUUUAAUCUGACUGACUGUGCAGGUUCAGGGUAAUAAUGAGACGGCUUUCCAACCUCAAAGACGUGAGCUCAUCUCAAAAGAUAAAUUCUUACAAAUACCAUUUUUAGCAUGCAAAAGCUGGUCAGCUGUUAGGAUUUGAUUGUUGUAAUUCCAAUUAAGCCAUUUUUAUUAAGAAGAAUCUACAUUUUUUAUAAAACAAAAUGUUAUCAAAAAAUAUUCCCUUCACAAUGUUUAUUGUUUGAGAUACGUCCCAUUUCUGGUCAAAAAUACAUUUAUUGAGAGAAUGAAAUGAUUAUAAACCAAAAUGUGUCAUGUAGUAUGACUAAUUUUAGGCUUAAAUGCAACACUUAAAAGUGUCAUAGUUACUGAUAGGUUACAUGUUGGAAAAUAUAUGCAGUAUUUUGAAGAAAGACCUAUUCAACAAAAGAAAGGGUGCAGGCUACUCUUAACUUUUUUAUUUAUAAUUGUAUGUAUUAACAUAAACUGUAGAAACAUAAAAUUUCCUAAGUGGUUUUGUGAUUGCACUUUUUAGUGAUGAAGAUGAGCAAUACAUUUUUAGAGGCAGAGCUGUUUAACAAGAACCUUUUGUUACUCCUAACUCUACCCAAUCCAAAG